AUGUCAUUCUUGGGUCUUUCGAAGAAGAAGUCAGCAGUGCCGACGUCAAACACGUCGCCGACCUCGAGCUUGCGCUCGAGCUUCAGCGGCUCCUCGGCGGGAAGUAACACCGGCUGCAAUCAUAAGAACACGUUUGUCAAAUUUGACGAGAAGAAGGACUACGUACGUCGUUGUCAUAUGAAGAAGAAGUUUUCGAGCAGUGGUGACAAGAACCCGGCACCCAUUUCGUUCUGCUUGGGCAAGAAAUAUUGA